ACAACAACACCCAGCGUACCCCCGGCCAUAGAGAUAGUCCUCCCUUCCUCUGUCUUCACGUGCCGCGGGAAAAGGAGGAAAACAGGAGGAAAAACGGAGGAAAAACAGGGAGAGAGGACACUGAAGAGGAGGAGGAGGGAACAGAGGAGCUAUCUAAAUAAGCCCCCUCCCCUGUGCGCUCCAAAAUGCCUUCCAAAGACCUUAAUUUCAAGACGGGGAACAUUUGCCGAAUCUACAUCAAGGACUUUCUGACGUUCGAUGAGGUGGAGAUCCGCCCCAAGCCCAGACUCAACUUCAUCUAUGGCCCCAACGGUGCGGGGAAGUCCUCCAUCCUGUGUGCCAUCUGCAUCUGUCUCGGCGGGAAGCCCUCCGUCACCGGCAGGGGCAGGGAGGAAUACAACUUCGUCAAGAGGGACAAGACAGAGGCGGAGGUGGAGGUGGAGAUACACAUGGAAGGGGAGAUAAACAUGGUGAUCAAGCGCAAGAUAAACAGCAAACUCAAACGCUGCACCUGGUACCUGCAGGGGAAGGAGGUCAACGCCAGCACAGUGCUGAAGAAGAUCGAGAGCCUCAACAUACAAGUGGACAAUCUCUGCCAGUUUUUGCCGCAGGAUCGAGUGGUUGAGUUUGCCAAGCUCAACAAAACCAACCUGCUCCUCGCCACUCAGAAAGCUGUCGGCGACUCCUCCCUCCACCAACAACACCAGAUCUUGUCCGAGAGUGGCCAGAAGCUCAAGGAAUUCGAACGCAACCAGGAAGACUUGAAGAACCGGCUGGCUGACUCAGAGAAGAAAAACGCGAGGCUGAAGAAGGUGGUAGACAAUAUGGAGGUAAAAGAGAAACUGCAGGAGGAGCUCAAGAUUCUCAGGACGAAGCGACUCUGGUACCUCUACGACCACAAGCGCAAGAUCCACCAGCAGCACCGUGAUGAGCUGAAGGAGAAGGAGCGUGAGCUGAAGGAACUCCACAAGGCCCUGGACCCCGUGGCCAUGGACAUAACCACCAAGAAGGCCGCUCUCCAUCGCUACAAGAAGACCAUCAAGGAGAAGAACGAAUUCCUGCGGAAGAGCCUGGCCGCCGCGGUGCGCACCCAACAGGACUACGAACAUCAGGGGGAGCUGCUUCAGGAGGCCAAGCGCACCUACCAGGCCAAGGAAGCGGAGCAGCAGCAGUGGCAGACGGAGGUGGAUGACUACCGCCGGCAACUCGACAUGCUCCUCGGACAGCUCCAGAACCUGCCGCAGAUUAAUGAGGCGGAGUUGACCCAGCGGUUGCGUGUGCUGACCAACAAGAUCCACCUCUCCUCGCAGGGCAUCGUCAGCCUCCAGGGGCGGGUCUCCAACACCGGGGCGGAGCGCGAGGAGAAGGUCCGGCGGAUCAAGGCUUAUACCAAGGAGCUGGAGGCAAAGGAGGACAUCAUGGGCCAGCGUAUGGAGUUAUUGAAGAACCGCAAUCCAGAUGUUUACCGCGCCGCCAAGUGGGUGGAGAAGAACCGGGAAAUGUUCAAAGGGCGCGUCCACCCACCCCUGUUUUCCCUGCUCGACAUCAGCGCCCCAGAGUAUGCGCGGUACAUCGAGAACCGUGUCCAGCACCGAGACCUCGUAGCUUUCGUGUGCGAGGAUAAGGAGGAUGUGAACAGGCUGAAGGCAGAGAUGGACGCAUUGAGGCUGAGGGUCAACAUCAUCUAUUCGAAUCCGCAUGACCUCGGGAACUACAGGCCAAGCAUCCCUAUUGAGAGUUUGCACAAGUAUGGCUUCAUCACCUACAUGCUUGACGUUGUGAGCGCGCCGCCCGCCAUCCUCUCCUUCCUCUGCCGGAGCUACAGUAUGCAUAACGUCCCCAUCGCCCUCGACAAGAACACAAGCUACAAUGAGGUGCCCAACCAGAUCUCCGUUUUCUAUAUGGGCAACAGCAGAUACUCCAGCACACGCUCUCGCUACGACGGGGUGGUGUCGCUCAGCAUAUACCCCCUGCGCGAGACCCAGCUGCUGCGCAUCACCCAGGACAAAGAGCGCAUCUCCUUCCUGCAGAACUCCAUCGCCGAGCUCAAGGAAAAGAUCAAGGAACAGGAGGAGGACAUCCGAGGCUUGAGGGCGCAGGAGGAGGAGCUGUCGAAGAGGCUGGAGGAGUGGAGGAACGAGAAGAGGGCGCUGUCGUCCAGGAAGGAGGAGAGGAGCGCCCUAGCCAAGCGGAUCGAGCAGAAGCGGAGCCAGAUAGCGCGGCACGGGAAGGAUGCCAUUGACCUGAAGGCGGAGCAGCGGAAGAUGGAGGAAACUUGCGUGGAGUGCUUCAAUAAGCAGGUGAAAUUGACCAUGCAGCAUAAGGUGAGCAUGACCAACUCAGCGCGUGGGAUGUGUGAGAGGCUGCGCGUGGAGGGCCAGGCGGUGGUGCUGGAGAAGGAGGUGAAGCUGCAGGAGGAGGCCGCAGAGGAGCACCGACUACGCCUUCAGGAGCUGGAGACGGAGAGGGAGGCACUGCACGAGGAGGUGGAGAAACUCAAGAUGGAGGGACACAGCGCACUCAAACAGCUGAUGGCUUUGCUCGGAAUUAAAGACCUCACUCAAAUUACCAUGGAAAUGCGGAUGCAGUUCACAAACUCCACGCUGGAAGAAACGGAGAAGCUGCUUGCGGAGAAGGACGCCCACCUCGCAUGCAUCGUCACAGCCACCCCCACCGAGCUUAUGGAGUACCAAGAGAGACAGAAGGAGAUUGAGAAGCUGAGUCGGCACUUGGAUGAGGCGGAGAGGAAGUUCAACAACCACCAGACCAACCUUGUCGACAUGAAGGAGAGAUGGCUGCCCCGCAUCAAAGAGCUUGUCAAAAACAUCAGCGACCAAUUCUCGCACUUCAUGUCCCGCCUGGGGUGUGCCGGCGAGGUGGUGCUGAAGGAGGACGGCGAGAACUUCGUCAACUACGGGAUGGUCAUCUACGUCAAGUUCCGAGACCACCAGAAGCUGCAGGAGUUGACCCCACACCAGCAGAGCGGAGGGGAGCGGGCGGUGUCCACGGCGCUCUACCUCCUGGCGCUGCAGUCCCUCACGGCCGCCCCAUUCCGCUGUGUGGAUGAGAUUAACCAGGGGAUGGACCCGGUCAACGAGAGGCUGUUCCUGAAGAUGUUGAUGGAGACGGAAGGAAACGAAGACUCCAGCCAGUACUUCUUCGUCACCCCAAAGAUGAUGCAGGAUAUUGAGUACAAGUCACGGGUGAAUGUCCUGGUGGUUCUAAGCUCCGUCACCAACCUCCCGCACUGCAAACACAACAUCAAGCGUAUCCUCAAGCGACGCGCCGAGGUCAACAGACAGCGGGGCAAGAAGGGCGGGAAAGGAGAGGUUGGGGGCAGGGGGGGUAAGGCGUAAGUGAGGGUCCGGGGUGUAGGUUAGGGUAGGGUAGGAUAGGACUGACCAGUUAGUUGAUAGAAGGGGAUGAAGGAGGAGGAGGAGGAGGAUUUGCAGAGAGAGAGAGAGAGAGAGAGACUGUUUGAGGAAGAUAUUGUAAGACAUGGAGAGAGAGAGAGAGAGCGCUAUUGCAAGACAUAGAGAGAAAGCAAAAGGAGGAAGAUUAAGAAAAUUAAAAUGAAAAAUAUAUGUAAGACUGUUUGAGAAAGAUAUUGUAAGAUGUGGGGAGAGAGAGAGAGAGAGAGAGACUGUGCUGGAGGGAGAUAUCGUACAAGUUGGAGAGAGGGAGAGAGAGAGACCAAUCUAUUUUUACCAGUAUUAUUAUCAAGGUCAUUAAUAUAUAUUUUCAACCUUUCCUUCCCCCUCCCUCUUUCUCUCUCCUCUCCUUCACCUCCUUCCCUCUCUCUCUCUCCCUUUAACUUUCUUAAGAGAGAGAGAGAGAGAGAGAGAGUUUUGAGAUGACGAGCAAUUUCAAAGCCCUAUUUUAAUACCAUGUGUGUGUGUGUGUGUGUGUGUGUGUGUGUGUGUGUGUGUGUGUGUGUGUGUUCUCCUUACUAGUCUACACAUUUCCACAAUCUCUGUCCACUCUAACUUGACAAAUAGGCCACCAGUAAGAUUCCAACCCUUCCCAGCAUCCACCAGUAGAUUCCAACCCUUCCCAGCAUCCACCAGUAGAUUCCAACCCUUCCCAGCAUCCACCAGUAAGAUUCCAACCCUUCCCAGCAUCCACCAGUCACACGCUGCCUAUGUCAACAAGGGGGCGUGGCUUGCAUUUGAACUAACCAAUAAGAGACACUGGUUGGGGAAAGGGGGAGGGGCUUACAUGCCUAGUUAGUUUGGAUAAGAGAGAGAGAGGAAAUAGCCAGGCAAGAUAUAAGGGAGAUCGCAUGCAGAGCCAAACAAGAGUGAAUCUGGGAACUGAGGCAUUAAUCUAAGAACUUAAAUUAGGUUGAGUAUGUGAUUUGGGUCCGGCGUGAUCAUAGGAGUAAGUUAAGGCUUGAACGAAUCCAAAUAGUUAUUAUCAUUUUCCAUCACUUAUCUGUAGUUGACGUCAUUAUUAUUAUUAGUGUUUUUAUUAUUGUUAUUGUUACAUGAGCGCACUGUAAUUAUAAUGGUUUCUUUUGUUAAUACGAUGGUGGUGCUCCUCCUCCUCCUCCUCCUCCUCCUCCUCCGCACUCUGAGAUUCACCACACUCACACACUUCCUACGCAUGCUGUGAGGUGUGGAUUCAUGUCACUGAGAGCAUGAAGUGUAAGAUUUAUUGUAUUUUUGUAUGUACGGCAAUAAAUUUUGGAAUAUAU